AUGUGGUCAGCUGAUGAAAUUGCUGAGCUAUGUUACCUGCACUAUAGGACCAGACUCCCUAAGCAGGGGAAACCAGAUCCAAACAGGGAAUGGACUUCUCUGGCAGCUGUUGUCAAAGUGGAGUCUGCAACCCAAAGAGAGGUUCUUGCUAGUCCAGGGAAUCUGCAGGUAACGAAGGAAGUUGUUGCUAUGGGAACUGGAACAAAAUGCAUUGGCCAAAACAAAAUGAGAAAAACUGGAGACAUUCUGAAUGACAGUCAUGCUGAAAUUGUGGCCAAGAGGAGCUUCCAGAGGUAUCUUUUCCAUCAGAUGUCGCUGGCAGCUUCCCAUCAGCAGUGCAGUAUCUUUAUUCCAGGAACUGAGAUGGGGAAAUGGAAACUCAAACAGAAUAUCACAUUUGUUUUCUUCUCCAGCCAUACCCCGUGUGGAGAUGCUUCUAUUAUUCCAAUUAGUGAGCCUGAGAACCAUCUUUCUAAGCCAGUGACUGGAGAUGAUGCAGCUGGACAGUCAGCAGAGCGUAGAAGUAACUAUGAUCAUUUGGGUCCAGAAGAUAAAAGGGAAUCGGAGAAAACUGCAAGUAAUCAUACAAUCAAGAGAAUGAAAACUGACGAUGGCUAUUUUUCCAUGAUCACUGAAGAUGUGGCUGUUCAGCAAAUAUCUGUGAAACAAGAAGAUGACACAAAUCCAAAGAGCUGUGAAUGUUCUGCAGAGAUGCAAACAGCUAAUAAGGAGACUGGCUUAGGGAGACCAAAGGUAGUAGAUGUUUAUAGAACGGGAGCAAAAUGUGUACCUGGAGAGCUGGGCGAUGCCCGAAAACCUGGGCUAGGGUAUCACUGUGUGGGAUUAUUACGAGUGAAGCCAGGUCGUGGGGACAGAACAUGCUCUAUGUCCUGCAGUGAUAAACUGGCUCGCUGGAAUGUGUUAGGAUGUCAAGGAGCUCUUCUGAUGCAUUUCCUGCAGUAUCCGGUGUAUCUGUCAGCGAUUAUCGUGGGGAAAUGUCCAUACAGCCAAGAAGCUAUGCGGAGAGCAAUUAUUGAAAGGUGUCAGCACAUCUCAUUUUUACCAGAUGGUUUUCUUGCUCAGGAGGUUAAGCUGCUGCAAUCGGAUCUUCGCUUUGAACAUAGCCGUCAGGCAAUUCAGGAAAUUCAAACUAACAGCAAAACAAAACUUGUUCCUUGUGGUGCAGCUAUCAGUUGGAGUGCAGUCCCUGAGCAGCCCCUGGAUGUCACCUCAGAUGGCUUCCGGCAGGGAACAACAAAGAAGGGGAUUGGGAACCAUCAGAGCAGAUCCAAGAUCUGUAAAGUGGAACUCUUCCACACAUUCCAAAAGCUAGUGACAAGUAUUUCACAAGAGGAUCUACCAGACACUCUCCGGAUGAAGACUCUAGAGACCUACCGGGACUACAAGGAAGCUGCAUUAAAUUAUCAAGAAGCCUGGAAAGUGCUGCGUACAAAGAAACCUCCUGAAUUAUCUGGUUCAAACCUGUGA